AGAGGUGAACACAAUCCCCGCGCCUUCUGUUCCCGGCAUGCCUCGAAGUGAGCGUGCGCGCGCGGCGGGAGUGUGCGUGAGGAGGAGAGCGAGCGCUCCCUUAUGUGUGUGCGCUGCACUUGUUGUUGUGAGCAGUGUGGCGGAUGCUUAAGAAAACAAACUCUCCUGUAAAAAAGAGAAGAGGGUAGGAUGAGGAAUAAACGAUUCGAAGCUGAAAUUAUGUGAUGUUGCUUUAAAAAUGACAGAGAUUAUUCAUCCUGCAUUUGGCUGUAUCUGCUCCAUGACAUACCAGGCAUGACCCUCUUACAGCACAGAUAAACCUGCGUCCUCCAGAUUUUAACCAUCUCCAUUUAUCACUCCAGCCACAGAACAAAAGAUGGAAGAAAUCGAUUCUGUGAGAUUCAAGCCCUUGCUAGAAGAUUCAAAUGUCCCGUCAACAUACUCUGCUGACACCAUCAAUAUUGAUGAUGGGCGUUAUAAUGCACUACGUGAAGAUCUGGAAGCAGAUGCUCGGGACUUUGAGGCUCCCACCUGGAGUUCAACUGUUGACCAGCAAUAUUUAAAAGAGUAUUCCAAAGAGGACAUUAAAAGACAAGACGUAAUACAUGAGCUAAUUCAGACAGAAAUAAACCAUGUGCGGACGCUAAAGGUGGUUUUGGGUGUAUAUGUACGGGAACUACGCGAGACCCUGCAAAUGGAUGAGAUGCAGCUGGAAAGACUGUUUCCACAGGUGGAUAACUUGCUGCAAAUGCAUCAGCUUUUCCUCAACCGCCUUAAACAGCGAAGAAUCGAUUCUUUGGAGCCAGGCAGUACCCAGAAUUACUGCAUCCACAGUAUUGGAGACAUUUUUAUCGCACAGUUUUCAGGUGAAAUAAGAGACAGACUGCAGUACUGCUAUGGAGUGUUCUGCAGUCACCACACCGAUGCAGUCAACUUCUUCAAAGACUUGAUGCAAAACAGCAAGAAAUUCCAGAAUUUUAUACGAAAAAUAUGUCAGCUGUCUAUCGUGCGGAGAUUAGGAAUACCAGAGAUAAUUCUUCUUAUAACACAGCGCAUCACAAAGUAUCCAGUUUUAUUUGAACAUGUUAUUAAAUACACCGAAGUUGACUCAGAGGAGCAUAGGAACCUGGUACACGGUCUGGUACUGCUGAAAGACACUAUCUCAAACGUAAAUACCCACGUUGAUGAGUUUGAGAAAGCGGCACGGCUGAGGGACUUGAGCAGUAAGCUGGAGCCCAAGUCCCAGGUCAAGACGACCCACGGGAGAGUGUUCCGCAGAGAGGACAUGCUGCAGGGCGAGAGGAGGCUGCUUCAUGAGGGUGUUCUCAACUGGAGGCUAACGUCUAACAAAAGCAAAGAUGUCCUUGUCUUGCUGUUGUCGGAUGUUUUGUUGCUGUUACUGGAGAAAGAUCAGCGACUUACCUUUGCCUCUCUGGAUGGCAAGCCUGCGGUGAUCUCACUGCUGAAGCUUAUCGUGCGUGAAGUGGCUCACGAUGAGAAGGCCUUAUUUCUGAUCUCAGCCUCCUCAGACAAUCCAGGAAUGUAUGAGUUUCACACCUCCUCCGGAGAGGAGCGCAAAACCUGGAGAGACCAAAUCUGGAAGGCUGUGGAACGAUGUCCUGAAGAGGAGAAGGAGGAGCCAGAAGAACUGCCUGAGAGGAUCUGGAACUUUCAAAGGGAGCUUUGUAUGUGUGAUGCCUUGAUAGAGCAGCUCCUUACAGAGAAGCAGAGUUUAUUCUCCAGCUUCACGGCCUAUGGGAUAGGUGUUACAGACAUCUCACAGAGUGAACGCCAUUUGCUGCGUGGGAUUGUUGCAGAGCCCCUGCAGGGAGAACAACUCCUUGCUGAAGCCGUAAAAGAUGUGGAGAUUUUCCAGAACAUGCUGAUAACAUGUGAGCAGGGGCAAACUCCAUUUGGUGAGGGGAUGGAUCUGGUCCCACUAUCCAAGAGACCGGGUUCUUUCACAGGCUUUGACAGUGAUGCCUGCAUGCAGCCAGGAAAUGGUAUUGGGAGUUUAAUGGAAAGACGGAGAGACAGAAGUCAGUGGGCCAACUCGGACCCUGAUGAAAACCUGGAGCUGUCGGCAGAUAAGGAGAUAGUUCCACGAAGCUGUAGUGCAUAUCCUUCAUACUUUCCUAAAGCAGAGGGCAAAUCACUCCACGCCUUCCCUCCUCAGUCCAUCUUCCAGCAGCUAGAGAGCCACAUAGAGGUACAGCGCGCCACGAUUGAGGAGCUGAUGUCCCGACCCCGGGGAAAUACUCUCCUGGAGAAGGAAAAGCAACGGAACAUGGAAAAGCAGCGUGAAGAGCUGGCCAACUUCCAGCGGCUCCAGAAUCAGCACCGACAGGAGCAGGUGCAAUGGGAGCAGGAAAGAGAGCAGCAGAGGGUGCAGGCGGAGGUCAGGGAGAUGGAGCUGAGGGACAGAGAGCUGGAAUGCAGCAAACAGGAGAAAAAGCUGGCAGAGGAUAAACAGGAACUGGCCAGGUGUAAAUCAGAAUACCAGAAGGAUCUGGAGCGCCUCAGAGACUCAAUGCGCUCUGUGCAGAAAGAUAGAGAAAAGGUGGAGAAGGAACGAGAGAAGCUGGAGAAGGACAGAGAAAGGCUGGAACAGCUGGAGAAGAAGUAUAAGAAGAAUGAGAAUGUUCUAAACACUGCAACCUUUCCCAUGGAGAAUGAACAGAUACCGCUACCUCCACCUUACCCCAUUUUGAAUGUGGUUACUCCCGACUUCGAUGAGAGGCCUCCUCUGGUACCGCCACGCAAGGAGAGCAUCGCCAACCUUUCUGUUAAACCCGAAGUGCCCAUCCACCUCUUUAGCACCACCAACCAAUACCACAAAGCCAGCUCUGUCCAACAGAAGAUCCCCACCAAGCUGGCUGCCCAACCUAAAGGCAAAGAGAAGCACAGCAAGCCCAGGAACUCCCACCAGCGCACCAAGAGCGCAGCUGGCAUAGAGGUAUCUCAGUUACUUCCCAUCAAAGUUUCAGGGAAGGAAGGAGGCAGUUUAAGAGCCAUGAGAUCCAACAGUCCCCACCAGCUCCAUCCCACCAUUCAUACGCAUCCAGAGAAGUUAUCCAACUCCGGACCCUCUCAUUCAGGAAACAUCACCAGGAAACACAACCACAAUCAAAACACACACAGUACCCAUCAACUACACAAUGUAUGGAAUGCGUUGUGUAAAUUUAUUUUUGGAGUUUUUCUCCAGUUUCUAGCUUCUCUGUGUUGA